AUGGCGGAGUGGGGCAGAUUCACUGGGAAGUUUCCAAAAGCUUCAUUCAUUCAACGAAUGAUGGUGGAGGGCGGGCACUGCGCAGGGCCCUGGGGAACCAGUCCAAUAUGGCCCUGUCCCCUGCCCAGCGUGCCCAGCGUCCACUUGGGAGAACAGCGUGGCCUCCCGUCCUGGGCGGCCCAUGCCAGCACUGCACCCCCACUCCAGCUCCUGUCUCCCCCUAAACACUGUAUGGAGCAGCUUCCUACCUACCUGGCCAGUCACUGUCUCGGCCACUUCUUCACGUCACGUUUCUCAAACGCUCCCCAGUCGGGACACGGACACCUGGCGACCAGCGCCCCGCAGCCCGCGGCCCCCUGUCCCCGCCGGGUCACCGCGCGCGUCCCCGUCUACACGGGCACCGGGCGCGCCUGCGAGCCGGGUUCUCCCUCCUGGCCGUCCGGGCUCCGAUCCGCGGCGGACGGGGCAGCAAACACCGCGGAACAAGCCGGCGCCGACCCCGCCCCGGGCAGGCCCGCCGGGUGCGGCGGGGCCAAGGCGGGGCCUGCGCGGUGUGGACGGCGGCCCUGCGGGUGCAGCCCUGGGCGCCGCCCUCCGAGACCCGGUCGGGAUCGGGGACCGUGGCUGGGCGGAAGCGACUUGCUGCCGGGGAGAAGCUCCGGCCCCUUUCCGUGCCCUUUCUCCCCGCCCCCGCCGCCGGGGCCAAGGCGGCCGGGUCCGCCCAGGACACGCUCCGGCCUCGUCCCUCUCUGCUCGUCCUGCAGCGAGGCGGUCGCGUCGCAGGUCCCCGGAGACUGUGUAGGCGGCCUGGCCGGGCGGCGAUCAGCGGCAGGGCCGCGAGGACGCCCCGGACGCCCCAGCGGGGCCCACGGCGGCGCCAGGGCGCGCGAACCGGGGAAUGGACGAGGAUUGACUCCUGUCGCUUCCCGUAGCCGCCCGCGGACGCCGGGGCCGGGAGCCCGGACGGCGCUUCGCGGGGGACAAACACCCUCCUGCUACGCCGCUGUCUGGGUAAGUCUGCGACCCAGUCGCGCCAGCCGAGGAGGGGAUUCGGACGUCGCUGUCCCUAAGUCAGAGUUGCGUGGGACACUGUCCAGUCCAGCCCCACCGCGGCAGAGCCGGGCCGGGUGGCGAGGGAGCCGCCUCCGCUGGCUCCGCGGGAUGAGGCAUUGUCGCGGGUCGUGGCCUUUCUUGGACGUCCCUGGCUGGGGUCAGGCCGUUGGCACUGGGGUGUCCCCUCGCUGCAAAACCACAUCACCCGGGCUGCUCUCCCCUGCUCCCUCCCCGCCCAAGGCCGAGCGCCACCUCCUAGCGGGGGAACCCGGGGAAGUCUCCUGUCGGGUGUUUUUGAUGACAGUUUAGCGCAGACCUCACUGCCCUCCCUGACUCGACACGCACUCUGAGACGCCGAGUCGCCUGACGGCAGUAUUGAACCUUAGAAAACGCAAGUCACCCGCCUGCCUUUGACCGUCCCUAAAACACAAGCGCUGGCUUCUUGGGAAGUAUGAGAAAUAUUCCUGACGGCGGGGCCUGUCCCUGUGGAUACUUCGAGGACUGAUUGGUUUCAUGAAGCCUCUGGCUUAAUUGGGUCACUCUCUGGUCACGGUGUAAAUUAUGAAUGUGGCAAUUGCAACUCUCUAUCUAUUCCUUUUGCCCUUCUUGUUUGUGCUUCCUGAAUUUCACGGAGCCAAAGAGUUUUGAGGUUUUGACUAACGUGUGAGUUAAUGACACAGACUGGGGUUCUAUUUAGGUGGUAAAUCAAGAGAAAUGCAGUAUUUUCCUCAAUAAAUAAAAAAUAAUAGAUUUUUUUUAUCUAUCUACAGUGGGGAUUGCUGUACAGAAUUGCUGGAAGUAAAAUGUAGGAAGCUCUAGUUUCGAUUCUCUUUUAGUUCUGAUUAGUCAUCAAUUUUCCCUAGAGCUAUUAAAUGUAGUGUGGAUGGGUACAUUUAUCUGUAAAAAUGUGGCUGAUGCUUUCCAGCUCUCCCACUCUGUGCCUUUUUUUUUUUUGAGACAGAGUCUCACUCUGUUG